AAGGACGGGGGGAGGGGCGUUCCGAAGCUGAGGCUGAACACGCGAGAGCAGGGGCCGUGCUCCGAGCGUUUCCGAACAAGGGCGGAAUCUCGCGAAGUUCUACGAGCGCUUCCGACUGGGAGACGGAAAGGCCCGAGCCGCGGCGGUGGCGAACGCGCUCGAGCGAGUCCGAAGUGCAGGCAGAAAGACCCGAGCGCUGCCAAGAUGGAGGCGGCCGGGCCCUGCGGCCUGUGCCUGAGGGAGCGGGCCCCCUACACCUGCCCCCGCUGUAACGCGCGGUUCUGUUCUGUGCCUUGUUACCGGGGCCACGGGGCCUGCGCCGAGGCCUUCCACCGCCAGCAGCUGCUGCUCCGGCUCCAGGGCCAGCGGGGGGACCCGGACUCCCGAGCCCGCCUGAAAGAGGCCCUGCUCCGGCUGCGGGAGCUGCGUGAGCUCGAGGACGCGGAGCCCCAGCUAGGCCGCAGCCCGGAGGCCCACGAUGACGGUCUGUGGGAGCGGCUGAGCCCGGCCCAGAAGGCCGCCUUUCAGCGCCUGCUGAGCAGUGGGGAGAUUGGCGCCUUCCUGCCCCCGUGGAGGCCCUGGUGGCGUGGAGGGGGCCGCGGGCUGGUCCAGGAGCUGGGGGCCGCCGAGGAUACCCAGCCCCCUGCGGGCAGUCAGCAGCCGGAGGAGCAGACCCAAGGCUCCGCACCCAUGCACCAGCCCCGGGUGCCAGGAGGUACUUGCCCCCCCACAGGCACCCAGCAGCCAGAGGAGAGCCCAGGCAAGGCAAUCACCCAGCAGCCAGAAGUGCCAAGCCCUGUGCCUGCUGUGCCUGCAUCCAUUCCACCACUGAGCUCCCUGACCCGCAGCCCAGCUUCACCCCUGGUGUGCUUCCAGCUGCCUAACGUCCUUUAUGCCUAUGUCUUUGCCCUCACACUCUACAAUGGGGACUUGAGUGAAGCUGAACUACUGCCUGAGUUCUCUGACACAGUCCUGGAUGUCUCCAGGGCACUAGGUGCCAGGCAGGUCUUCCAUUCUACAGCAGAGGCACUGCAGGCUGCUCUCCAGGCAGUGACAGCCAGCCAUUACCCCGAGUGCCCCCUGGGGAAUGCAGGUGCUAUCAUGGCAGUGGCCCUGAUUCUGAUGGGGGAGAAUCAAGCAAAGCAGAAAGGCUACAGCCUGGCAGCCCUCUCCCAUCUUGCCAUGUUGCUGGGCAAGGCCAAGAAACUGGUGCCAACAGAGGAGCGGCCUCGGGUGUAUGGUGCCAAGAAGAAAUGUGAAUUUCUGCUCUCUUGGGUCAAUGAGAACCAGGAAUCUUUGACUGUCCUGGCUCUAGAGGUGCAAAGAGAAUAUAAAACACAUUUGGAAGCAGUCAAAGAGAUGGAUGUAGUUACCAAAGAACUGGAGAAGAUGUGGGGUGGGAAACUGCCUCCUACAAAAAAGCCAUUGAUUGAGGAGUUGGACUGAUGGCUGGAACUCAGUCAUUCCUAAUACCAUCCAUACUUAAAACGUUAGGGCAUUGGAGUGACGACAGGCCCGUUUAGAGACUGGAUUUUUUUUAAAGAUAGUCUUCAUUCACCAAGAUAAUCUUGGUGAAUAGUUAUUUUGAAUAAAUCCACCUCACUAAGUCUUGGCAUAAAUGUUGAUCUGGUUUCAAAGGGGUUGAACUGUAGUAAUAAAAACCGCAAAGUAAUUGGA